AUGUCCUGCUCGUGCUGCGGGGUUGCCGACGCACACGAGGUCUUCAAGCCGCGUCGGAAGCGCUGGUGCACCGACAUUGCGUGCCUGGUGCUCUUUGUCGCCGCGCUAGUCUACUUUGGCGGCUUCUUCGUCGUAACCUUCCUCAAGGACCCGACGCUGCUCGACGACAUCAUUUACCCAAAGGACCUGUACGGCAACUACUGUGGCAAGCCGGGAAGCGCCACCGCCGACUACCCCAAGGCGGUGUUUCCGACGCUCGACGCCGACAUCCUCAUCCCAGAGAACCUCGCCUACCUCUCCACAGGGCAGUAUUGGAACUUCAGGCCGACCGUCUACUGCACGCAGCAGUGCCCCGAGGGCUUCUCCCUCAAGGCGCCCGUCGCCUACGGUGGAGCCUCGUACCCCGGCGCACAGCAGCCACCAGUCAUCUACUACGCGUACCAGACGCAGGACGUCCUCUCGCGCUGCUUCCCCCUCGACACCACGACGACGUACGAGCGGCUGCAGCUCUGCGCGACGCCCGCGUGCACAAACGCGACGCUCAUCUCCCAGCUCUCCGGGUCCGUCUCAUGCUACAACGUCGAGUCGCAGCCGGAGGCUGACAACGUGUGGCAAAUGUGCGGCAAGGGAGUCUCCUCGUCCCUCUGCACGCAGCAGCAAGACGCGUGCGAGCUGGCGAUAGACGUGGCCGACACGCAAACCUUUGUGCCCGUGGAGCAGACGACAGAGUCGGAGGCCUUCACGAAGCAGUACGCCUCGUACGUAAAGACGGCCAUGGGUGCAGUCGAGUCGAUCAUUGUCGGUCCGGGGCUCGUCACCUUCCUCGUCGGAGGAUUCGCCGCGCCGCUGCUGCUCGGGUUUGUGUGGGCGCUCUUCCUGCGGCUCUUUGCCGCGCCACUCGUCUACACGCUGGUGACCUUCUACGUCCUCCUCUGCAUCGGCGGCUCGUGCUACCUCGCCAUCAAGGCGGGCUGGCUCGACUCGUCGGAUGAGAUCACCAGCGCGCUCGCCUCCCUCUCCGACGCCGUCUCCGCCGCCGGCGUCUCGAGCAACAUUACCGACUCGCUGCUCUCGUCGGCCGAGGCGGAAGAGAAGACGCUCUUCUCGGUGCUCGCGGUGAUCGCGAUCAUCUUCACCGUCCUCUCGAUCGUCGGCCUGAUCGCCUGCCGCAAGGCCAUCAAGCGGCUCGACCAGGAGUGGUACAUCUACGCCGGGCUGCUGUUCUCCUACAUCUUUGGCUUCCUCUGGUGCGUCCAGACCGUCCGCGCCAUCUUUUGGACAUCGAUGUCCGCCGCCAUCGCGUGGUGGUACUGCAACCGGAACGCGCCCUCCAACAAGUCAGCCUCGCGCUGCUGCCCCGGCUCGGGCGCCCCGCUGCUCCUCUCGUCGCUCUUCACCGUGCUGAGCAAGCACGUCGGCUCGGCCGCCUUUGGAGCCGGCAUCAUCGCCAUCGUGCAGGUGCUGCAGAUCGUGAUGCACGCGCUCAACUCGGUCACCAAGAAGCGGCAGGCCGACUCGAACUUCCUCAAGUACGUGAUGAAGUGCGCGCUCUGCUGCCUGCACUGCCUCGAGAAGACCAUCAAGUUCAUCUCGUACUUUGCCUUUGUCUACGUCGCCGUCCGCGGCUCGUCGUUUUGCCGCGCGGCGAGCCAGACCUUUGGCCUGAUCGCCGCCAAUCCCGGCCAGGUCGCCAUCAACAAGAUGGUGCAGAAGCUGCUCGGGCUGCUCAUUGGGCUGUCGACGCCCAUCGGCUGCUGCCUCGCCGCCUUCUUCUUCCUCGAGUCGCAGACCGAGUACGCCGCCCAGUACGAGCCAAUCUACUGCGCGAUCGCGGUGCUUGUUGUAUCGUACCUCGUCACGGACGCUCUCGUGGUGUGCUUCAACGUCGGCAUCGACACCAUCUUUGUCUCCGCCUUCAAGGACAUGGCGGAGAACAAGCCGCCAAAGUUCAUGUCGGACUCGUUGCGGCGCGGCUUUGGCCUCCCGAGGUACAAGGACGGCGGCUACGAGGAGAUGGACGACGCGGACGAGGAGGAGGAGACGGAGCCCGCGUUGCAAAAGGGCUCGCCGCAUAGGAAGGGGCAGAGCGGGAAGAAGGUGGCGCCGGCGUGGGAGGCGGGAAGCGACGUGUAG